AUGUCGCUGGAAAAGCUAUUCAACAAAGCUGCUGCGCUUCUGGAUGCGGUAAUGGAUGCAACCUACGCAAUAUGCACUUCAACGAGACCAGAGGAUAGAACGCUUAACAGAGAAAUUUGUGGUGAAAGGGACAGUCGCGAUGGUCACGUUGUCGCGAAAAUUAUCGUCAUUACCCAUGAAAGUAUCUGUAAGGGUAAAAACGACAAUGAAAGUGAUUAG